CUCCACUUCUCAGAUAGUGUGCUUGUGACCUCAGGUAUCUCCUGUCUAAAUGAAUCUGCCGGAGCUGGUCAGGUUGGUGGUAACAGCAGGUUUAUGCCAUUUGCAUUUAUGGUAAAGAACAACAUUGAAGAAUCAUCAUCUCUUAUGGACAAACAGCGCAUGCUCUCGCUGGAGCCUACAGAGAGUGGAGGCGGGUAUUCUGUCGGUCUGAGCUCCGAGCGGCUGCAGCUCCUCCUGUGAGUGUUUUACUUUGAGUGUUGUUUCUAAACUCCAGCUGAAGACCUCCGCACAUCAACCUGACAACAAAAGGGUUAAAAAAACGAGACCUGCCUGUGAGAAGAGAAACGGACAUUAAGCCAAAGACAUUUCCAGGUAAUAUUUCCUGAGCUGGAAGAGUUGGUCUGAAUCCAGAUGGACGAAUCACAAAGGGAGAUGGUGGUUCUGUUCGGGGGCCAGUCUUUCUCUGCACUGAGGACGCAGUUCCAACGGUAUGGGAUCCUGUUUGAAGACCCUCUGUUCCCAGCAUCCAACCAGUCUCUGUUCUACCAGAAGAAACGCAUCGGCAGAGUCACCUGGAAAAGGCCUACGGAAUUAUGCAGCGACCCCCAUCUGUUUGUGGACGGCAUUAGUGCCCACGACCUGCACCAAGGCCAGCUGGGAAACUGCUGGUUCAUAUCUGCCUGCUCCAGUCUGGCCUCCAGAGAGGCACUAUGGCAGAAGGUGAUUCCUGACUGGAAGGACCAGGAGUGGGAUAAAGAAAAAAAAGAGUCCUACGCCGGGAUCUUCCACUUCCGGUUCUGGCGGUUUGGUGAGUGGGUGGACGUGGUGAUCGAUGACCGGCUGCCCACGGUGAACGGAGAGCUGGUGUACUGUCACUCCACCGUCAAAAACAUGUUCUGGAGCGCGCUGGUGGAGAAGGCCUACGCCAAGAUGUACGGCUGCUAUGAGGCGCUGGACGGGGGCAACACGGCCGACGCUCUCAUGGAUUUCACUGGAGGCGUGUCGGAGCCAAUGGACUUGAGGGAGAAGAUGUUUAAAGAAGAUGAAGAGCAACGCGACAAGGUGUUUGACAGAGUCCUGAAAGUCCACAACAGAGGGGGCCUCAUCAGCGGCUCCAUCCGGGCAACCAGUGCAGCAGACAUGAAGGCCAGGCUGGACUGUGGGCUGGUGAAGGGCCGUGCAUACACUGUAACCGACGUCCGCAGGGUGAUCCUGGGCCACAGCCUGCUGGCCUACUUCAAGUCAGACAAACUCACCAUGAUCCGGAUGAGAACCCCCUGGGGACAGGGAGAGUGGAACGGGCCCUGGAGCGUCGGCUCUGAAGAGUGGCAGAAGGUCAGUGAGAGUGAGAGUGAGAGGAUCAUCUUCACUGUGCAGGAUGAUGGAGAGUUCUGGAUGACAUUUGAUGACUUUAUUGCUAACUUCACAGACAUGAUCCUGUGUCGUCUCAUCAACACAUCCAACCUGAGUUUCCGUAAGAUCUGGAAGGAAGCCUUGCUGCAUUGCUCCUGGCGCCAACACGACGACCAGCAAAAAAGAAUGAAAUUUGAUGACUUUAUUGCUAACUUCAAAGACCUCACCCUGUGUCAUCUCAUCAACACAUCCUACCAGAUCAUUCAUAGGACCUGGGCGGAGGCAUUCAUGUGGGGCUCCUGGCACCGCCAUGGCGACCCGCUUCUCAACCAAGCUGGCGGCUGCGCCAACCACAAACGCACCUUCCUCCAGAACCCGCAGUACGUGUUUGAUGUGAAGAAGCCGGAGGAUGAGGUUCUGAUCUGUCUGCAGCAGAAAGACCGCAGAGCCAACCUGAGAAACGGACGAGGAAAAAACCUGCUUAUUGGCUUCGACAUACACAGGGUGGAGUUAAACAGGACCUACCGUAUGCACGCCACCCAGCAGAAGGUUGGUGGGAGCGUCUACAUCAACUCGAGGUCUGUGUUCUUACGAAUCGACCUGAAAGAGGGGCGGUACGUCGUCAUACCCACAACCUUUAAACCCGGCCAGGAGGGAGACUUCCUGCUCCGCAUCUUCACAGACGUGCCCUCCGACUGCACGGAGCUGACUCUAGAUGAGCCUCCACAGACCUGCUGGUCCGGAUUGUGUGGUCAUCCUACUCUGGUCACUCAGGUCCACGUACUGAAGGCUAAUGGACUCCCAGGACAAGACUCUGAUGAAGUGUCGGACCCCUACGUGAUCAUUCGUUGUGAAGGAGAGAAAGUUCGCUCUCCGGUCCAUAAAAACACACGCAGCCCCGUCUUCGACAUCAAGGGGCUCUUCUACAGGAAGAAAGCUGGACAGCCAAUCAGCAUCGAGAUCUACAACCACAACAUGUUUGUGGACUCCUUCCUGGGUCAGGUGACAUUGCUCACUCAGCAAGGCGACUUCAAGCAGACGCUCCAACUGAGGGGCAAAGGUGAUCACCGUGACGACGACCUCCCUGGAACCGUCACUGUCGUCAUAGUAACCACCCCAUCGCUCACCAACAUCUAAGCCAUCCAUCCAGGGUUGAUUCAUCUACCAAAUGACCUGUUUAGCACAAGAUAUUUGUUCUCCUGUAACAGUAAAUAUACAGCAGGAAGAGAGGGUUUACUCUCUGGAUUUAUAGAAGAUCAUCAGAGGAGGUGAUGAAAAAUACAAACACCAGAAGGAACGUGUUCCUCUUGCUUUGUUUUAUCUUGAUGUAUGUAAAUGUCUGUUUACAGAAUGAUUUAUAGUACCUGUGUUGGUUGUAGCUGAAUAUCCUGAAAACAUGUCUGAGAGAGAAACUGCAAACAAUCUCUAGCUGUCUUAUAAAGCGUUCUUUAAUUGACCUUUUCCCCUGAUUGGAUCUUUUAUGUCUAAUUUUUAUUUCAGUUAACUAAGCAGGUUUUUAAUACUUUAGCUUUAGUUUAGUUUUAGUUAAGUAAAAACUUUUGCUUCAUAAUUCCAGCUGCUAUCAGUUUAGACCAGCUCAUGUUGUAAUAUACAUCAGAGAAAACUGUUCUGUUCAGUCUCUAACAUUUAUUGCCCACAAGAGGAAAGGUCCAGAUUCAGGACUUUAAACCGUUAUACACGUACAAAUGUGUGCGACCUGUUUGACGUCUUCUGUACUUUAUAUGUUGCCAAACAAGACACAUCAAAAUAUAUUUUACAGCAGAUAUUGCAAAAGUGUACAUUCAAUGUUGACUUGUGCUUAAAAGCUUUCAAGGUGUCACAUUGGAAAGAGUUUUUACCUCAGUCUCAGUAUUACGUUGAAUCUCUGACAAGUUUUUUUACUUUUGUUACUUUGUUCAGUUGGACGUUGAUCUCGAGACAACUCGGUUUGCUUGUAUUCUAUAUCGAUGCAAAUAAACCACACGUGGAGUGAA